AUUAUUAAUCCAAUUUGACUAAUUUUAAACUCUCCAUCUAAAUCCGUAUCUUAUUAGUAUGAUUCCAAACCCGCGUUAAAUUGACAUUCCCAGUAUAUGACUAUUUUAGGUUUAUUUGUGUAGUUUUCUUCCUGACCUAACUAUCAUCAUCAUCUUGUUAAAAAUAAGUAAAUAACUAUUAUCAUCAUCGCUAACUGAAGCGCAAAACCAUGACCGAAAGUUAUGGGACACUGCAAUGAAUCGCCGCUAUCUUUUGAAACUUCACUCUUUAUUCCCCUGUUUCGGACAUUCAUUUCACAUACACCACCCAAAACCGAAUCUACUUCAAUCAAAAACAAGCUCUAUUUUCAUUCUCAACUAUGGAAGCUCAACUGUCUCGGCAGAUGUUACAUAUAACUGUAAUAAAAAGAUAAGUAACCUGGGUCGUCGUGGGAAGGUAGAGGAAGCGAGGAAGAUGUUCGAUGAAAUGCCUCACAGAGACAUUGUUUCAUAUGCUUCAAUGAUCACUACCUAUCUCAAAAAUAAUGAUUUCCCUAGAGCCGAAAAUCUCUUCUACGCAAUGCCCGAAAGAAGCAUUGUGGCCGAUUCUGCCAUGAUUGAUGGUUACGCGAAGGCCGGUCGCAUAGAGGAUGCUCGGAAAGUGUUUGACCAUAUGCCUGAGAGGAACGUGUUCUCCUGGACUAGUUUGAUUUCUGGUUAUUUCAGAAGUGGACAUGUUGAGGAGGCUCGCCUGCUUUUUGAGCGAAUGCCAGAGAAAAAUGUGGUGUCGUGGACUAAUGUGGUUGUGGGUUAUGCCCGAAAUGGUUUAAUUGAUCAAGCUCGGGCUACUUUUGAUCAAAUGCCAGAAAAAAAUGUGGUUUCUUGGACAGCUAUGAUCAAGUCUUAUAUUGAGAAUUGCCAAAUUGACGAGGCAAGAAAGCUGUUUCGAGAAAUGCCCCAGCCUAAUAUAUAUACUUGGAACAUUUUGAUUCAAGGUUGUUUAGAUGAUAAUAGAGUAGAUGAAGCUGUUAGACUAUUCAAUUCAAUGCCUCAUCAGAAUGAAGUUUCUUGGACCACUAUGGUUACAGGUCUGGCAAAGAAUGGGUCAACCGAACAUGCCAGGGAGUACUUCAAUCAGAUGCCAAAGAAAGACAUAACUGCAUGGAAUGCUAUGAUCACAACAUAUGCUGAUAUAGGCCUCAUUGCGGAAGCCAGUAAGCUUUUCAACCUGAUGCAGGAAAAGAACACGGUGACUUGGAAUGCAAUGAUUGACGGGUACACUAGAAAUGGGCUUAAAAGUGAAGCCCUCAAGCACCUAACUCUCAUGCUUCGCUGCUGCAUUAGGCCAAAUGGGACUACUCUCGCUAGCGUACUGACCUCAUGUGAAGGCAUUCUAGAGUUGUUGCAAGCUCAUGGGCUUCUGUUACGUCUUGGUUUUGACUGUGAUACAUCGCUUACCAAUGCCCUUGUUACAAUGUAUUCUAGGAGUGGAGAUGUUAGUUCUGCCCGGCUUGCUUUUGAUAAUCUUAGGGUAAAGGAUAUUGUGUCAUGGACUGCAAUGAUACUAGCAUAUUCAAAUCACGGUUAUGGUUACCAUGCAUUGCAAGCUUUUGCACAGAUUCUACGAUCAGGAGCCGAGCCAGACGAGAUUACUUUUGUUGGUGUCUUGUCAGCCUGUAGUCAUGCAGGUCUUGUAAACAAGGGUCAAAGGCUUUUCGACUCAAUGGUGCGUACUUAUGGUUUGACACCAAGGGCUGAGCACUAUUCCUGCCUCGUUGAUAUCCUAGGUCGAGCUGGACAGAUUGACAAGGCUAUGGGGGUGGUUCGGGAAAUGCCUCCAGAUGAAAGGGAUGGUGUUGUUCUGGGAGCAUUGCUUAGUUCUUGCUUAUUGCAUGGGAACAUUGGACUGGCGAAUCACAUUGGAAGGGAAUUGAUAGAGCUUGAACCAACUCAUUCAGGAGGAUACAUACUCUUGGCGAAUGUCUUUGCGAGAUCUAGGAAAUGGGAUGAGUAUGCUCAAGUAAAGAAAAAGAUGAAGGAGAGAAAAGUGAAGAAAGUACCCGGAAUUAGCCAAAUAGAAGUAAAGGGCAAGACUCAUACAUUUUUUGUGGGGGACAGAUCUCAUCCUGAAAGCGAGGAGAUCUACAUAUUGCUACAAGAGAAGCUUCUACCAUUAAUGCAAGAGAUGGGAUACUAGAAAGGAAACCAAUCUGUUUUGUUAUAGUUUAAGUAGGUAAGAAAAUGUUGGGUAAGCAUUUUGUAACCUGAAAGAGACUAAAGUUCAUAUAUGGGGAAGUUCUUUGAAGAGGCCUGUGCAAAGUGACAAUUCUUGUUCCGUUACAUGGUGUCCAUUUCAUAUGUUAAUCUGAAACUUUGCAGGUUUACUCUUGCUUUAGAUCAAUGAAUGGUAAUUUGAUUAUCGAUGAAAGCCAAAGACAAAGCUUCACUGUAAGAUUCUUGUAUAAAUAAUUAAGACCAAGCCAGAGAAUGAUGUGAAGCUCAAAUGUGCAAUGAGGAGCUGAGUACAGCCUUUAAGGAUAUUAGCCAGUGAAAGAGAAGAACACUGGCUGUUAUCAGGCAAAAAAAUAAGAGUGUUUCCUUUGGCUAACCAUGAAAGAAAUAUUGAUGGUUUUGUAAAAAAAAAAAAAAGGGCCGUUGCCUGGUGUUGGUCCUGUCUACACAGGUUGUUGGGACGAGAAGAUUAGAGACAUAUCUAAUUCUUGAGAGUUUUACCAUAGUCAAGGAAAAACUAAAAGGUUGAUGUUGCAUACAAUUUAUUUGGAUGAGAAGCUGAAAGUAGGCAGCAUAUUUUUUUUUUCCCAUUGUGAUUAUACAUGGGAGUUUUGGCAUUUUGAAUUUGCAGAUUGGUGAGGAUCUUGGUAUGUGGUGGAAGUGAACAGGAGUACUACACAAAGAUGGAAGUAACCAAAGAUAACAGCCAACUAGGCUGUGCCUGUACAUAAUUCUAUAUGAAGUUUUGGAAGAUUAGAUAUGCUGCGACGAGUAGAAGAUGAUCAUGGCAUCCUCUGGAACGAUAAAAAAAGAUCCACGGCUAUUAAAUUCUUGGCAGCUGACUAUAAAGAGACAAUGAAUUGAUUACAAGAUGACUGAACAGUUACCAGAACAAUACUUUCAUGCAGCCUAUUAGCAGAAAAUCUAAAGUAAAUUUUGCCAAAGGAUUCAUUGCUUUGAUGUGUAUUUGGUGGGGUCGGAAUUGCAGGCAGGCAUGAAUCACAUCAAAAAACCUUCCCUCUCUAAUAAAGGUAAAGGUAACCAACUUAACCUCUUAUUGUCACUUCUUUCUUCAUUUUUAAGGGCUAUCAUAAUGUACAAGACUUCCGCCAUUGCGAGUUCUGAAAAGGGUUAGAUAUACACUUCCUUACCUCCACGUGGAGAGGUUGUUUCCGAUUUCAAACCCGUGACUUUUAGGUCACACGGAGCAACAUUAACAUUGCGCCAAAGCCCACCCACCCUCUAAGCCACUUCUUUCUUCACUUUUCUGAUUGCCCACCCACCCUCUAAGCCACUUCUUUCUUCACUUUUCCAAUCAGAAAAUGUUAAGAUAGUCGGGCCAAAGAGUCCAAACAAAAAAAACCAAAUACUUGGUCAAGCUUUUUUCAAAGAUUUGUGACAAAAUGUCAUUCAGAGUAUUUAGUCAUGUCCAUCCCUCCUUCAAAGAAAGCUAAUUAGAAGCUCGGAAUCACCCCAGUGAACUGAUGUUUGAUGUUGUAUGUAUCAGACCCACCAUCUAUUGAGUCCAUUGUGAUUCUAGUUAAAUUGAGUAUGUAGAAGAUUUGGAUUCAAUUAUAUGAAUCAAGGACUUGACUAGUCUAAAAGGUGACAUGAUUAGAGAAGAUGGGAAAGAUUAACCAGCAAUCAACACAAAAUCUUUGAUCAAAAGUGAUGAGAAAGAAACAAAACUUAGAAGAAGAAACACUGAAUAUAGAAUCCAGCUGCAAAUCAGCACAGAUUCUUUGAAUUUAACUGUCUUAAAACAGAGCCCUUCUGCCUAAUUUGACUUGGUCAAAUGCACCACCUUUUGUGCACAACUGAACACAUAACAUACUGUGUACGCUUUUUUGUGUGUACAAGCAAGUUGUUGUUGUUUGGUGGACACCAGAGCCCUUUCCUUUCCUCUUUCCCUUCUUUUGAGGGAAGAGAAUUCAAUUGCAGGAUCGAUUAAGAAAAAAAAAAAAAAACAACCUUCCCCAUUUGUCAGUAACAAAAAGACAGAUUCCCCAAGUCUUACUACUGUCAAUAGUAUGCUUUAAACGUACUGGCCCUUUUCUUGCUUUUGGAUUCUUUGUUUGAACUUUGAACUACUUCCUUGUAGUAUGCAAAACUUCUAUUUCCACAAUAUUUUUGCAAUUUGUUUAUUAUUAUGUAUGUCAGCACUCGCAAUCCAAUUUAGAAAUUACGAAUACAGAGACACGAUACGGACAC